CUCCCUCUUCUUGAGUAGCACACUGGACACUGUUGUGACGGCUGAACGUCGUCUCCGGGUGAACGAUAGCUCUGACAGCAUCGAAACAGUUAAUGGUAGUUAGCGACAGUUGCUCUGACAAACCCUUGGAGGAGUAACAAGUGUUUACUGUUCGGAAGUUUACUUUUAGUCUGCGAGAGUUUGUUUACAAGCCUCCAGAUUCAAACUUUCUUUAGUGACAUCGGCUCAUUCUGGAAUAAGUAUAUAUUUUUCGAAAUUAAGUUUAACGCCUUUUUAACGAACUUUGCAGCUCGGUUUUGAGAGCGCGAACAUGAUCUGAAAUGCGCUGAAGUGGAGCCAUCGGAGCGGAACAUCGGGAUGACAGAGCCAGCGCAGCAGACCCAUCACCUGAAAACUUCGCGCAGCCCAUCAGGUGGGAUCAGCGGAGACGCUAUGGAGCAUCUCCCAGCCAGCAACCCUGGUGGACCAGAGAACGGCGACAGGGGGCGACAGAGAGGCCAGAAGCAGCAGCAGCAGGCGGAGAACUGUGGGGAUAUCAACACAGACAAGUUAUGGCAAAUGAAAGGCGGACAGAGGGGGGUGUGCCCUGCCUUAGCAGCCGGAAACGAGCUCCCAAAGUGCCCGAUUUCGGCUCAGCCUCGUCAGAAACCCAGUGUUCUUGCAGCGGGAGACGAUAAUCACAUCUCACACGGGAAAAACGGUGAAGACAGACAGCUGGAGGAGACUUUAAACCAGGUGCAAGAGGAGAGUUCGCUCAUCGACUCUGACACUGGCUUAGAUGCGCGUCUGGGCAAGAAGAGGCACAGACGCAGGACCACCAGGAAGAAGCGCAACUGGAAGCCGUAUUAUAAACUUUCCUGGGAGGAAAGAAAAGCCCUGGAAGAGAAGGAGACGGCCAGGGCCUCCCGGGUGAGAGAGGAGAUGUUCGCCAAGGGGCUCCCAGUGGCCCCCUACAACACCACCCAGUUCCUGAUGGACGAGCACGACCGAGAGGAGCCCGACCUCAACACCGAGACCGGGGUCAGGCGACCCGCAGGGGUCGGUGGCCGCUUGGAGGACACGGGCAGCGAGGAGGACUUUUUCGACAACGAUGAUGAGGACGACGAUGACGGCAGCGGCGGGGGCAGCGACGGUAUCGGAAGGCCUGGGAACGCAGGUGGGGAGUUUCUCCAGAGAGACUUUUCCGAGACCUACGAGAUGUACCACGUCGAGAGCCUGCAGAAUAUGACCAAGCAGGAGCUGGUGCAGGAGUACCUCGAGCUGGAGAAGUGCAUGUCCCGGCUGGAGGAGGAGAACAACCGGCUGAGGCGCGCCGUGGAGCCCGGGGGUCUGACCGUGGACAGCUCCUUGGUCCGGCUCGGAGAGCUGGAGAGGGAGCUGGAGAGACUGAGGGCCCAAAACACCGAGCUCCUCCUGCAGAACCAGCCGAACAAGGACAGGGGCCAGGUGGCUACCAACUGAAGGACACAAUUCAAGUAGGGACAAACCCUCUGAGAAAGGUAAAAACGUGGGACUGCUGCAUUUUUUUUAAAUUGUCAUCGGUUUUCUGUAAUCAGUUUGUCAUCAGGACGGUGAAGUCCUUGCAUUGCAAUGCAAUACUUGACGUUUCUUUUCUAUUUGGACUGCGAGGUUGUCCUGUUCAGUUUUUUUUUCCAAGACGAAAUGUAAAUAUUUCAAAAAAAUAAGAUUCUUUUUUUUUAUACAGAGAAUGUAUCUGGCAACACGAGAAUAUUUUGUUUGUUUCCCGGGGCAACUUUGCAGGAUAUCAAAUGACAUAAACUGUUCCAAUUGUUGAAUUAAAACAGGAAAUGAAAACUUCAUUUUACAGUCCAGAAAAUAAUAAUAACAUUUGAAAAACAAAUCACAGCUAAUGGGGUCAGCUUUGCUGAGAUUGUUUUGCAUAAGUAAUUUCCGGAGUGAACAUUUUAACAGUUGUGUGUUAACAUAAGUUCAAAUAAAAUUUUGAAAUUCUGCUGUCA